AUGUCGGAAACAUCUACUACUACCUUUGGAGGCAGGAGAUCUGUCCCACUCAAUAACUCUAAUGCUGCAGAAGAUGACCUCCCCACCUUGGAGCUUCAUGGCCUCAUGCCCCGAGGUGUCAACCUGCAAGACUAUCUGAAUGUCACAAGUGUUCACCUGUUCAAGGAAAGAUGGGACACCAAUAAGGUGGACCACCACACUGACAAGUAUGAAAACAAUAAGUUGAUUGUACGUCGAGGGCAGUCUUUCUACAUCCAGAUUGACUUCAAUCGUCCCUAUGAUCCCAGAAGGGAUCUCUUCAGGUUGGAGUAUGUCAUUGGCCGCUACCCUCAGGAAACCAAAGGCACCUACAUCCCAGUUCCUAUGGUCUCAGAGCUACAGAAGGGCAAGUGGGGGGCCAAGAUCAUCACGAGAGAGGACAGGUCCGUCCGACUGUCUGUCCAGUCAUCCUCAGAGUGCAUUGUGGGGAAGUUCCGUAUGUACGUGGCUGUCUGGACUCCUUAUGGCAUCAUCCGCACCAACCGAGACCCAGACACCGAUACAUACAUCCUCUUCAAUCCUUGGUGUGAAGAGGACGCUGUGUAUCUGGAUGAUGAGCGAGAACGAGAAGAGUAUGUCCUGAAUGACAUCGGGGUUAUUUUUCAUGGAAACUUCCAGGACAUCAGGGUUAGAAGCUGGAGCUAUGGUCAGUUUGAAGAAGGCAUACUUGACACAUGCUUAUAUGUGAUGGACAGAGCAAACAUGGACCUCUCUGGGCGGGGGAAUCCAAUCAAAGUCAGCCGAGUUGGAUCUGCUAUGAUUAAUUCCAAAGAUGAUGAAGGUGUCAUUGUUGGAUCCUGGGACAAUAUCUAUGCCUAUGGUGUUCCUCCAUCAGCCUGGACUGGAAGCGUUGACAUCCUAUUGGAAUAUCAGAGUUCCAAGAAUCCAGUCCGGUAUGGCCAGUGCUGGGUUUUUGCUGGUGUAUUUAACACAUUUUUGCGAUGCCUUGGGAUACCAGCGAGAGUUGUUACCAAUUACUUCUCAGCCCAUGAUAACAAUGCCAAUUUGCAGAUGGAUGUUUUCCUGGAAGAAGAUGGGAAUGUGAACUCCAAGCUCACAAAGGAUUCAGUGUGGAACUACCACUGCUGGAAUGAGGCCUGGAUGACACGACCCGACCUUCCUGUGGGGUUUGGUGGUUGGCAAGCCGUGGACAGCACCCCCCAGGAAAACAGUGAUGGGAUGUACCGGUGUGGCCCAGCCUCUGUCCAAGCCAUCAAGCACGGCCAUGUUUGCUUCCAGUUUGACGCACCCUUCGUUUUUGCAGAGGUCAACAGUGAUCUUGUUUACAUUACAGCCAAAAAAGAUGGUACUCAUGUUGUUGAAGCCGUGGAUUCCACCCAUACUGGGAAAUUAAUUGUGACCAAGCAAAUUGGAGGAGAUGACAUACAAGAUAUUACUGAAACUUAUAAAUUCCAAGAAGGUCAAGAGGAAGAGAGACUGGCCCUGGAAACUGCCCUGAUGUAUGGAGCUAAGAAGCCCCUCAACACGGAGGGUGUCCUCAAAUCACGGUCAGAUGUUGACAUGGAUUUUCAGGUGGAAAAUGCAGUGCUGGGAAAAGACUUCACAGUCACCAUCACUUUCCAGAACAACAGCUCCAACUCCUACACCAUCUCUGCUUAUCUUUCGGGCAAUAUCAUCUUCUACACAGGCGUUUCCAAGGCUGAAUUUAAGAAGGAGGCAUUUGAAGUGGCCGUGGAGCCCUUAUCCUUCAAGAAGAAGAUAGUGCUGAUCAGUGCUGGCGAGUACAUGGGCCAGCUAUUGGAGCAGGCCUCCCUGCACUUCUUCGUCACUGCCCGAGUCAAAGAGACCAGUGAUGUCCUGGCCAAGCAGAAGGCCAUUGUGCUGAAGAUCCCUAAGGUCGUCAUCAAGGUCCGAGGUGCUAAAAUGGUUGGUUCUGACAUGGUUGUGACAGUUGAGUUCACCAAUCCUUUAAACGAAACGCUGAGAAACGUCUGGAUAUACCUUGAUGGUCCUGGGCUGAUGAGACCAAUGAGAAAGAUGUUCCGUGAAAUCCAGCCAAAUGCCACCAUACAAUGGGAGGAAGUGUGCCGGCCUUGGGUCUCCGGCCCUCGGAAGCUGAUCGCCAGCAUGACCAGUGACACCCUGAGACACGUGUAUGGCGAGCUGGAAGUGCAGAUUCAGAGACGACCUUCUGUGUAA